CUCUGUUCNCCAGGUGAAACACCCACAUGCAUUUGAGCUUCGACGGAUUCGUGAAAGCGCUUCUUUCGGCAAUCGCCGCGGCCUCUGCUGCGGGGUCGUGAAAUGAGAGAAGAGCAGGGGAGAGGAAGUUGGAAUUGUAGGAACUCUUUGUUAUCGAGGGCAGUUUUAGUCUUCGCGAUACUCUCAUCAGUUGUGUCAAGUACCAGUGCCGCGGUAUUCGAUUACAAGGAUGCGCUUUCGAAGAGUCUUCUCUACUUCGAGGCGCAGCGCUCCGGCCGCCUCCCGCAUAACCAGCGCAUAGCAUGGCGCGACCAUUCCGGCCUCACCGACGGCCUCCAACAAGGAGUGGAUUUGGUCGGAGGGUACUACGACGCGGGCGACCACGUGAAGUUCGGCCUGCCGAUGGCCUUCACCGUGACGAUGCUGUCGUGGAGCGCAAUCGAGUACGGCGACGAGAUCGCAGCCGCGGGCGAGUACCAGCACGUGUCGGAGGCCAUCAAGUGGGGCACGGAUUACUUCAUCAAAGCUCACACCCAUCCUUACGUCCUCUGGGCCGAGGUGGGAGACGGGGAUACGGAUCACUAUUGUUGGCAGAGGCCGGAGGACAUGACGACGUCGCGGCAAGCGUUCAAGAUCGACGAGGAAAACCCAGGUUCGGACCUCGCUGGUGAGACCGCGGCGGCGAUGGCGGCCGCGUCUAUCGUGUUCAAGAAAUCAAACCCGCAUUACUCGCACCUCCUCCUGCACCAUGCCCUGCAGUUGUUCCAGUUCGGGGACAAGUACAGGGGAAAAUACGACCGGAGCGUGGAGGCGGCGCGGAGCUACUACGCGUCGGUGAGCGGGUACAUGGACGAGCUGCUGUGGGCGGCGCUGUGGCUGCACCGGGCGACGGGGCGGGAGGAGUACUUGGCGUAUGCGAUGGACAACGCCGACGACUUCGGCGGAAUCGGCUGGGCCAUCACUGAGUUCAGCUGGGACGUCAAAUACGCAGGCCUCCAGGUUUUAGCUGCAAAGCUCUUACUGAAAGGAGAACACUCAGAGAAGCAUAAGUCCACCUUGGAGCAAUACAAAGAAAAGGCUGACUAUUACAUCUGCGCGUGCCUCGGCAAGAACAACGGUCGCAACGUCGACCGCAGCCCUGGCGGCAUGCUCUUCAUCCGUCAGUGGAACAACCUGCAGUACGUGUCGGGCGCCUCUUUCCUCCUCUCGGUCUACUCCGACUACCUAGCCAAUGCCCGGCAGGAGCUGCAAUGCCCCGACGGACCCGUCACGCCCACAGAGCUUCUAGCCCUAGCCAAAUCGCAAGCCGACUACAUCUUGGGCUCCAACCCAAUGGCCCUCAGCUACUUGGUGGGCUAUGGACCAAAGUAUCCAAUAAAUGUACACCACCGAGGGGCCUCGAUUGUGUCCUACAAGGAGAACAAAGGGUUCAUUGGGUGCACCCAAGGGUACGAUGAUUGGUUCGGCCAGCAGGGACCGAACCCGAAUGUGCUAGUUGGCGCAAUCGUCGGUGGGCCAAAUCGACGAGAUCGGUUUAGAGACGAACGCGGCAAUUACAUGCAGACCGAGGCCUGCACGUACAACACCGCGCCCAUGGUCGGAGUGUUUGCAAAGUUGCAUCGGUUGGCGAGUGGAGAGAUUCAGCAAGUGUCGUCUCGAACUUCUUCAGCUUCGUUGGCGAGUCAAAAGAUUCGGCAAAUGUCUUCUCGGACUCCUUUAACUUUGUUGACGAGUCAAGAGAUUCAGCAAGUGUCUUCUCGGACUUCUUCGGCUUCACGGAAAUUGUAAAUAGAAAAGCUUUUGAAGAAGGAACAAAGACGAGUUUUGUUUUUACAAUUUUACAUUGAUUACCAAAAUUUUAUUGUACAACCUACAAAUUGAGGCAUUUAGCAUUCAAUUGUACCUUUUAUAGUUUUCACUACUACAUUAUACACAAGGAGGGAAGAGGGAUAAGUUAAUUACUCUUUUGCUAAAAUGUUUCAGCUUAUGUUUGUCA